AAGCAAUCCCGGGCAGGAACUCCUUCAUUUUGGCAGAACCACUGCCUGCCUUGAACUUGACCAUGGCACCCAUAACUCGGUCUUCAGUGCAUGGAAGAGCAACCGACUCCGGUCCCAGGCAGCUGGAUUCACCGCCGCCGAGUGACCAUGAAGACGAGGAAAUGACAGACGAGUACGAUCAUGAGGAAGACGCCCAAUCGCCCUACCAGUCUUCUGCGCAAGACAUCCUACGACCUCUACAAGAUACGGCCGAUCGUGUGAGCAAACAAGCGGAAGAGUUCGCAAAAGCACUUGACAAAUUUGUCGUCAAUCGAGAGCCAACGGACCAGUCUCUAUGGGAGGACGCCCUGUUACUGCUAGAGCGGUUUAGCAGGAUUGCCCACAACCGAAGACAAAAGACGGCUGCCGACGACUCGGAGGCACAGGUCCAGAAAAUACAACUCGAGAACGACCUGUGGGUGCUAGUCCGGAACCUGCUAGCCUGCAGCUCCCCCGAGACUAUCAACAAUGCGCAAAUCGCCCAAGAUUCUCGACUAGGGGGGCUUCACCGAUAUUCGAGCAACGCCGAACUGUGGUCGGCUUUCCUUGACUCCGAUGCUGUUGCUCAAGAGUACGAAUGCAUUUUGAGUUGGCUACAAGAAAGAGCUGCGGAAACAUCUGGAUCUGUCGAAGAUCUGUUGCGUGACUUGGCCGAGAAGUCAGAACGAGGCGACGGUGUAUGGAGCGCUGGGCCGAUAUACACCCAAACCGCCAUCAAGCAACAAAAGCGAACCAGAGUCUGGUCAAAGCCGCUCGAGCCUUCUAAUCCCGGUCUGAACCGUACCCACGUUCGCAACUCCGACAACAAACCACUUGUGACGCAACUGGACCCUGAUUCCAGAACUCGAGAGUCGGCGGUGCUUCAAGAGCAAGAUGAGUACCAUGAGGAGGCUGCCUGGCAGACUUGUUGGGAGAUGUUGCGUCGUGGUCAGACUGCGGCAGACAUCAAGUCGUGGUGGGCAGAGCGGAAAGAAGUUUGGCGAUAUGAGGUCCUUCGAGGCUGCGGAGCAAGUCCAGCCGAGAUGGCCGAUUCGCCCUGGUUGCGCAUACUGAACCUCGCAACCAAUCCGGAGUGGUUGGCACGCUGUAAGGCUCUUGCUCACAAUCCAGCCAUCGUGGACCGCUACCAAAAGGCUGUUUACGGCAUUCUUUGUGGGGACAAUGCAGCGGCCAGAUCAGCAGGCAAGUCCAUUGAUGAUCAUCUGUUCGCGCUUUUCAAUGCUCUUUUGAUGGACCGAUAUCUACACUACAUCCAAACUUACCGGGAAAGAUUGGGCGAAGCGGGCGCCAUCACGUACCGACCUCAGCCGCCGUCGACAGAGCAGAUCCGACAGUAUACAACCAAGGUUCAUUCAGACCCGGCGAUGAAAAGCCAGACUCAUCUGCCGCACAAGCUGUUUGAGUUGACUGUCGUUUCCAAAGACUACGAGGCAUUCUUCGUGAACAUGGGCCAAGCUGCUGCCUAUGUGGCACACACAACCGGUCAAGGAGAUGAUCUCAUUGAGAGUAACAAAGCUCACGGCAACGAGAUCUCGCAAGUCAAUGCCCAGGACCAAGACGCCGUUCGAAUGGCCGUCCAUCUUCAGCUGAUCCUGCGUGCUCUUGGUUUCCUGGACUCCGCCUAUGCACAACACGAGUACGAAAUGGAGAACAACAUCGCGAGCUACAUCAGCUUCCUACAAAGUAUUGGAAGAUACCAGCUCAUACCGACCUACGCAGCAAAAUUGUCAGCGACGCGGGCACAGCAUGUUUUGGGCACUAUUUUAAUCAAUGUCACAAAUUCGAGGGAACGCGACACGAUGGUUAGACUGAUGAAGCACGAAAAGAUCAAUGUUGCCGAAGUCAUCUACGGCAUUUUCUCUCUGGCCAACUAUGACGAUCUGCAAAAGCUUCAGAAGAUGACUCAGUGCAGCCCGCCUACAAUGACAGUGCCAGGCGGAACUUCCAAGUUUGCAGUCCUCAGAGUACGAUCUUCGCUGAUGACGGGCAACGUCACCGACGCAGACGAAAGAGCCCUUCGAAGUGUUGAAUGGUUCCGCUAUAUCGAUGCCGAGAAUUGGGGCAGUGCUGCUUGGGCUUUCGGCGCAUUGUACAAGAUUUUCCUCGCGGAUGGUAACUUUGUUGCACUACGCCAAUUGAUGGACCGUGUCAGUCUGUCUGAGAUCUCGCUUGCAGCUGUUGGGAUGAACCUCAACUUUGCCGAUGGAGAGCCGCCUGCGCAGAAUGACGGUACCGACGACGAGGAUAUGGACGAAGAUCGAGUUAACCCCAUCAGCCCCAGCCGGAGACGGAGAGAUCCAAUUGCUGAACACCCCUUGACGAGACGUGGUAACGAUCGUGAGACACUAGCUUUUAAAUCUCUCAUCUGGAGACAGCUGGAGCAGCUGACCAUGGCCAUUGAUGCUUUGGACAUGUUCCAAGAAACUGCUGACAAUCUCGAGGCGAAUCGAUCAAACCCAUCGCUUCUGAGGACGUACAAGCGCGAUUUGAAAAAGGCACUUGACGAUGUACGCUCCAACAUUGUACCCUUGCUUGACAACGACUUUCUCUGCCAACCUCAAGAUGAGCAGGAAGGCGUGCAGCUGACUGCUAUUCGCAACCAUUACAUCCCUGAAUGUAUCCUCGCAUACAACAGUGCUUUGUGGUUUGCAGGGCAUUUUAUAUCACGGGCCUGGUUGGUUGAGUGCAUGGAACUCGCACAGAGAGUGGCUGAAACCCCCAUGUUGACGAAUGCAUUUGUUGAUGGUGGAAGGAUGAAGGAAUUGGUGAGAGCUUUCGCCGUGGACAGUGAGGCAUUGUUGCAAGCAACUGAGCAGAGUGGGCCGAAGGCCAAGAAGAUGAAGACCGACAGAGGGAACAGUGAUAUUUGGAAAGUCAGUUGGAAGGAGCAAGACGAGAUUGAUCUCGAGGCAAUGGAUUGAGCGAGAGCCUAGAGGAGCACCUACUGAUGGUAUUCGCCUGUAGGUGUCGACACGCUCGCACGUCAAGACGUUGCAACACAGGACGCUAUCAUGAUAGUAUGCACUCUUGAAUCUGGCGCUCUUGAACGCAAGCUAGAUCCAAGGCUGCAAGUCUCUUCGUAGAGGCAAAUCAGAAGAUAUCGCUUCUACGGGCUUGUCGAAAUACGGCGACGAAUGACAAGGUACUACUGUAGUAGUACAUUCCGUG